UUUUCACUCAAUAUUAGUUUUUGGUUGUACCUGAAACGUUUGUUGUUACAUUUUCCAAAUUUUUUUGAGAAGCCAAAAACUUUGUUUCCGUUAUAAUUGGCUUUAUAUUUUUUAUUGGGUUAAAAAAUAUAUCUUAUUUGCAACGGUCACACUGAAGUGCAGGCGAUAGUCGAUACCACCGGACAAUUUCACUGAUCGCUUAACAUCUCUAGUGGCCAUUUUGGAAAAGAACAAAAAAAGUUCCUUUUGCCGUUUGACUUCCUGGAGAGUAGCAGCUGGUGUUUUUUGCCAAUAAUCUACCGCUUAAGUGAGAUUGUGCGAGGUGACCGUGACGAAGUACCAGUGAAUUCUUUUGCUAGAUAUUCAGAAUUGUGUGAAGCUGAGCAUGAAUUUCCCAAUAUUUCACGCUCCCCCCCUGGCCACGCAGUCAAUGCGCCAGCAGUCUUUGUAUCAGCAAACCUAUUUGGACCGCAACCGUAUGAUCACGGAUGUGUUUGUCCAGGAGCAUGUCUUGCAAACCACCUGGGCUUUAGCCCCCGCGCUGCCACCGGCGGCUGUGAUAAUUCCCGGAAGUGUGAACUGUCCCGUUACCCAUCAGCCGACACCGGUAGCUGCAGCCCCAACCCCAACCCUCUUGGGACCCAUGGCCUAUGUGCCCAUUCCGAAUGUCCAGUACUACGCAGCCAGUUCUGCCUCGAUGAACGCCUAUGGCCAAGGUCAGAUGUAUACGGCUCGUGCCUCGACCUCGACUGCCAGCUGCAACGUGCCCGGCUUCUUUGUGCCACAGUACUAUCAAGGCGGUAGCGGCAGCAGCAGCAGCAGCGGUGGCGGAGGACCUGCUGGUCCUCAGCCCACCAAGCCUUCCACCGUGUCCAAUGGCACGCAGUCCCAGUUCCAGGCUCCGCCUCCGCCACCGAAUCGCACCUGUGAUGCCACCACUCAGGCGGACUUUGUGCCCGAUGAAGCUAGUGAGGUAGAAACACUGCCGCUAGUUUCCGACGAAGAAAAGACUCUCGACUUUAGCGACAGUUCUUUGGACAACAGCGGUGCCGGUGACGGAUUGCGUGUGCACUCAGGUGCCAAGCGCAACUCGGAGGUGUUGCUCCAACAGCAACGUCUCCACGACAUCACCACGUUAUCGCUUCAGGGCUGUGAGAUUGCCGAACGCCUAGCCACUGCCCAUCGCAACCGUCCGUGCUUCAAGAAAAUCGACACCCUCUGUGGCCGCUUGAAGCAGGACCUCCUGCGACCGGAUGGCGUCUUGGCCAACAUCAACUCCCAGGGCAUCGCCUGGGCUGUCAAGGACUUUAUAUUCGUCUUUACGCGCAUUGUGAAUGCUUGGGUAAUCAUGAAGGGCUAUGUUUAUAAUACGCCUGAUGGCCUGAACAAGAUAAAGGAUGAGUUGCCAAGUGGCUUUAUGUCAACCUUUGAUUCCUGGCAAAAUGAAACCCAAGCCCUGGUGCAGAUGAUUAUUAAAUCCUUUGUAAGCCUUGAUGACCUGCUCCUAAAGCAGAAGAAUUCGUUUACAAGCAAAGAUCUGAGUCUGAACAAUAGUAGCUCAAUCUGGAGCUUUAAUGAUAGCAACGAGAGCACCACGUCGUGCAAGAAAAACAAUUGUAUCACGGCUGCUCAAGGACUAGGUCCAACGGCCAGCAGCUCACCGAUUAUCGCUAAUGGGGGAUCAGGAGGACCUGGUGUUAAGCCACCAUCAGAGAGCGAUGAACAGCGAAUGGCUCCCACCACUGCUCUCUACAAGCCCAAGUCCAAUGUGAGUCUCAACUAUCUGUAUACCAUGAUCGAGGAUUCGGAGGAGACGCAGCGCAACGUGGACGCCAAUGGCACUUACCUCAAAACUGGCACCUAUCAGCCGCUCCAAAAGGAGAUGUUGAAACAAAUUGAGAUGACCCCACAGAAGCCGCAACCCAGGGAGCAGCACGUCGAGCCCCAAUGGCCGUGGAAGGGUUAUCCAUCGGCGAAAGCGUUUGUACAGCCGCCAACUCCAGUAGCUCAAGAGCAUCGUCAGGAAACCUGUCGCAGCCAGUUGGAUCCUCAUAUCGAUUCGAGGGGUUGCAUUAAUCCCUUUAGCCUGAUCAAACGUGAUGUCACACGGCAGCUGCACGAGCUCAGUGCUGGCAUCAUGGAUCUCCAGAACUUGGACCACUUUUUCCAAAAGCAGUUCACCCGUAAUUAUUACCCGGACUUCUUCCAGCGAUGCCAGGAUGACUUUAUUGAUAUUCGCACCAUUGUACUGCAAUGCGAGACCGCCUCCUACAAUCAUCUUUAUCAUGCUAUUCACGACCUACGUCGCAUCACCUUUGUGGUGCGAUGCUAUCUACAGAUAUAUUCGGACGUUAAACUGCAGGAGUACGUUGAACUUUAUGAAAAAUCUGUGAAUGAAAUGCUGUCCAAGCCACCGCACAAGCCCAAUCAAUACGAUCAUAUCGUGGGGCGCCCCGGCGAGAAGCUUUUCAACUACCAAAUAUGAGACAUCAAGACACACGUUUCUUGUUACCUUUUAGGUAUUUUGUCAAUGAAAAUCAAGUGUUAAAAAAGCAUUCGAAUCAAUCAUGGUCGCAAUUAGCAUGUUGUUAACUCUUAGAGAAAGUAAUUUUAGUUUUUUUGUUUCAUAAACAAUUUGUUGAGCCUGUCUAUAGAAAGAAUUUCUCGUAAUGUGAUUUAUAUAUUAUAUUUUUGAAUUUGUAACCACA